AUGAAUCUAAGCUCACGCAGUGUGUUCACGGAGGACUUUGGACCCACAACUGUGGUCACCAUGAGGACGCUGGUGCUGUCUGUGAAGGGCCAGUGGGGCACAGUUUGUCAUCAUGGCUGGGACCUGAAUGAUGCCCAGGUGGUUUGUACACAGCUGGGCUGUGGCAGUGCCAUAUCAGCCACCAACGAGGCAUAUUUUGGACCGGGAACAGGACCCAUCUGGUUGGACGAUGUCAACUGUGGAGGAAAUGAACCUUCAAUAACCGACUGUGAACAUCAAGGGUUUGGUUCUCGGAACUGCAAACAUGCUCAAGACGCUGGAAUCAUCUGCGAUGCUUCAACUCCAGUGAGACUGGUCAACGGUCUCUCCAACAACCCCUGUUCAGGCAGGGUGGAGAUCCUCCUCUACGGCCAGUGGGCCACAGUUUGUGAUUUUCACUGGGCCCUGGCCGAUGCCCAGGUGGUGUGUAGACAGUUGGGCUGCGGGAGGGUGCUGUCUGCACCACGUGGGGCCACUUUUGGACCUGGACAAGGGCCUAUAGGGUUGGAUGAUGUCAACUGCACUGGCCAUGAAUCUGAUCUCACACAGUGUGGCCACAGAGGACUGUGGACCCACGACUGUGGUCACCAGUGGGACGCUGGUGUUGUCUGUGAAGCUCCAACUCCAGUGAGACUGGUCAACGGUACCUCCAACAACUCCUGUUCAGGCAGGGUGGAGGUCUUCCUCCAGGGCCAGUGGGGCACAGUUUGUCAUCAUGGCUGGGACCUGAAUGAUGCCCAGGUGGUUUGUACACAGCUGGGCUGUGGCAGUGCCAUAUCAGCCACCAACGAGGCAUAUUUUGGACAGGGAACAGGACCCAUCUGGUUGGACGAUGUCAACUGUGGAGGAAAUGAAACGUCAAUAACCGACUGUGAACAUCAAGGGUUUGGUUCUCAGAACUGCAAACACGUUGAAGACGCUGGCAUCAUCUGUGAAGCUGUCUCUCCAGUGAGACUGGUCAACGGUACCUCCCACAACUCCUGUUCAGGCAGGGUGGAGAUCUUCCUCCAGGGCCAUUGGGCCACAGUUUGUGAUGAUGGCUGGGACCUGCUAAGUGCCCAGGUGGUGUGUAGACAAUUGGGCUGCGGGAGGGUGCUGUCUGCACCACAUAAUGCCACUUUUGGACCUGGCCAAGGGCAGAUAGGGUUGGAUGAUGUCAACUGCAAUGGCCAUGAAUCUAAGCUCACGCAGUGUGUUCACGGAGGACUUUGGACCCACAACUGUGGUCACCAUGAGGACGCUGGUGCUGUCUGUGAAGCUGGCCCUCCAUUGAGACUGGUCAACGGUCUCUCCAACAACCCCUGUUCAGGCAGGGUGGAGGUCCUCCUCCAGGGCCAGUGGGGCAGAGUUUGUGAUGAUGACUGGGACCUGAAUGAUGCCCAGGUGGUUUGUACACAGCUGGGCUGUGGCAGUGCCAUAUCAGCCACCAACGAGGCAUAUUUUGGACAUGGAACAGGACCCAUCUGGUUGGACGAUGUCAACUGUGGAGGAAAUGAAACGUCAAUAACCGACUGUGAACAUCAAGGGUUUGGUUCUCAGGACUGCAAACACGCUCAAGACGUUGGCAUCAUCUGUGAUGGUAUUCCUGACAACAAAAACAAUGGGAAAUUAAUUAACCUUGGUCGGUCGGCCUUCGUCAUUCCCAUCAUCAUUCUGGUCAUUCUUUAUUGCUGGAGGAAAAAGAAGCAUCAUACAGAAAACCUUGAUUCUGAACAGAGUCCAAACUGUGACCAAGCUGCCGCCAUCUCUUUGAAUGUGAGUCUGUUAGGACCCCCUCCUCUCCCUUUGGAGCCCACUGACAUAGAACUCAACCCCAUAAACACCUAGGAGGCUCUAUGGGAGAUAUUGGCUGUAGGUUUAAACUUCUGCUGCCCCUGAGAUGAACCCCGGUUACUGGGCUGACUCCAAGUGGACCCCUUAAACCUGUGAACCCCUCUAUUCCUGGCUCACCUCAGCCUGACAGGAAGAGAGGGGGAGGGCUUUAUGACAGCCACAAUGAACAAAGGAGCGCCCUUCAUUCUUCCUCUCACUUUACUUAGAAUGACUUGUAUGUUAAUGUUAACUCGUUAAUGUUACAAUCAAAGACUGCCUGCGUUAUGAAUGUAUUCCAAAAUCACUUAUGUUGCUUUUUCAUUUGAAUGCAUGCUUAUUGUCUUAGGAGAAGGGAUUGCCAUUGUUGUCGUGCAUGUCACAUCUUUAUGUUAACCCAUAUAUGUGGUAUAGAGGAUUGAUUCCUGUGAUUAUACUUGGCUACUUUACUCAAGGUUGUGUUUGUCGCACAGGGCCCGAUGCAUCGGGUGUUGUGAUUGGCCAAUGCAUGUGAGAGGCAUCCAACAUUUUUCGAAAAUAACAUGAAGCCCGAGUCCUUCGCAAACCAACUAAUCUUUUGCGCUUGUGUCUUUAUCUUUCAAACUUCAGCUUACUCAACUAAUAUUAUUUCCGUCUUUUCCGCCAUUUUCACGUUAUUACUAUAUACGUCAACCCAGUCAAACCUUGUACAAUGCUAGGUAUAGAAAAGAAAGCGCCAAGUGCUAGGUCGUGGAGGCUGGUCUGACGAGGAAGUGACGCAGUUCCCGCCCAGACGCAAUUGGCUGAAAUGUUUAGUACCAUUUUUUGCAAUACUUUCUGCGGAUUGAAAUGAAAUUUGAAUUUCGCAACACACGGAGCGUGGCGAAGUGCAUUGCAAUCAGGGGGACGCUAUAGCAUUUCAAUUUAAAUAUAAGAACUCAAAAUAAUUGACAAAAUGUUAUUCUAUUUUUAUUGGAUUUCAUUGUCCCUUUGCAUAUUA